AACUGUGAGCCAGCGAUUUAUCCAGAGGAAGGUGGUCGCAGAAAAAAUGGCGUCGGUUUCGGAAUUGUACGAUGUCACUUGGGAAGAGAUGCGUGACAAACUGCGAAAGUGGCGGGAGGAGAAUUACAGGAAUAGCGAGCAGAUAGUGGACGUCGGAGAGGAGCUGAUCAGCGAGCAUGCGUCAAAGCUCGGAGACGACAUUUGGAUAAUUUAUGAGCAGGUGAUGAUCGCAGCACUGGACUGCAGUCGCGAUGAUUUGGCCUGGAGUUGCCUACAGGAGCUGAAGAGGCAGUUUCCAGACAGUCACAGAGUAACACGAUUAGCAGGCAUGCGGCUCGAGGCUCUGGAGAGGUAUGAGGAUGCCAACAAAUUGUACGAUUCGAUACUGCAAGACGAUCCCACUAAUACGGCAGCGAGAAAGCGCAAGAUCUCCAUUCUACGUGCGCAGGGCAAGAGCAAUGAGGCCAUCCGGGCGCUCAAUGAAUAUCUGGAGCAGUUUGUGGGAGACCAGGAAGCAUGGCAUGAGCUGUCAGAACUCUACAUCAACGAACAUGAUUAUGCCAAAGCAGCUUUCUGUCUGGAGGAGCUGAUGAUGACCAACCCACACAAUCACCUGUACUGUGAGCAGUAUGCAGAGGUGAAAUACACACAAGGGGGAGCUGAGAACCUGGAGCUGGCCAGGAAGUAUUUUGCGCAGGCACUCAAGCUGAACAACAGAAACAUGAGGGCCUUGUUUGGCCUCUAUAUGUCAGCGAGUCACAUUGCCAGUAGCCCUAAAGUGAGCGCGAAGGUAAAAAAGGACAACGUGAAGUAUGCUGCCUGGGCUGCCUCGCAAAUCAACAGAGCCUAUCAGCUCGCCGGCCGUGGGAAGAAGGAGAACAAAUGCUCGAUGAAGGCAGUAGAGGAGAUGUUGGAGUCCAUGCAGAUCACCAUGUCCUAAGCCUCAACUCUCUCCUCCUUAGCCUCGGUCACCACAACAGCAUGGCAGCUCUCCCUGCACACUGCAGCCCAGCACCACCCACAAAGCGGAGCGGAGUGGACCACCCCGACCGACCCCGCCACAUUCUCCCACUCUGUUUUGUUUGUUUUGGUCCCCCCCCCACCACCCCCCCUUUUACAGUUCUUACUUGUCCAACAGUCCAGCCUUCAAGGACCCCCAACCAUUCCACAUAUUAUAAUAUAAUAAUAUAUAUAUAAAUUAUUAUUUAUAAUAUAUAAUAUUAUAUAUAUAAAUCAGUCAGUCUUGAAACAACAUAUCAAGGGCUGAAAGGUCAGGAACUGGGAAAGAAACGUACACAGUGGUAAAUAGGUGGUAUACAGAUACAUGCCUGGGUGGGCUAAUAGUGUUUUUGAAAAUACAGGUAGAUGAUGAAUAUAAGAUUAGGUGUGCUAAUGUGAAUAGACAAUGAAUGAUGUUUAUAGGAAGGGCAGGGUGUGGCUUACACUGAAAAUGGGUAUGUGCUCUGUCACUUCUAGUAUGACUUUUCGACUGUUCAUUUUGGUCACCUGUCCUUCUAAUUAAAGAACGUCACUAUUUGAACAACA